AUGGAGGAAAUAGUUAGGUGUUCUGGUUGUAAUCAAGUCUUUUGCAAGGAACACUACUUCUUUGACCGUCAUUCCUGCCCUAUUGGUAACACAAAGGAACGCCAAGUGCCUGUCUGCCCGCUCUGUGGUGUCCUCGUUCCAAUUGGUCCCAACGAAUCUGCCGACAUUAAGGUUGGUCACCACAUUGAUACAGAUUGCAAGUCCCAACCAGCUCUUGCACUCAAAGGAAGAAUAUUUAAGAAUGCUUGUUCGGUGCCGAAAUGUAAAAAGAAGGAAUUGGUUCCUCUGCGCUGUGAGCUAUGUCAUCUCAACUACUGUAUCAGUCACCGAAAUGAGCUGGAUCACAAUUGCAUGGGACUUUUAGCAAUUUCUGCUAAUGGGAAACGAAUGUCGGCUUCUGGAGCUGCGGCAAUCAAACGCGCUGUUGCUAGGCAAUCCAACAACAAUUUCAGUGAUGACAGUGGCGCACUCAAGAAAGCCCAACAGGAAGAGGUGGACAGACAACUGGCAUUGGCGAUAGCUGCUUCAAUGGAAGCCGAGGAGGAGAAUCGCCGGAGACAGCGGCAACAAACAUCUGCCUCCUCCGAUAACGGCUGCAAUAUUAGCUGA